ACAUGGUAGCGGGGUGUGUAAAAAUGACCGCCAUAUUUUGCGUUUUAACUAAUUUCCUACUUAAUGACUUUUCUACUUUUCUUCCUUCGGAAUAAACCCAUGAUUUUAAAAUGUCUGGUGUAAAUAUGCAAGGUUCGACCACAGAUCAAAUCACCUAUACAAAUGACCGUCCCCAAGGUUUAUCUACGGAGGCCAAGAUGGUUCUCAUGCAACAGCAGUUAGCACUACUUCUACAUGCUGAUCACUGUGAACGCCUUGAAAGGAGGGGGAUGGCAACAAACUGUGCGGAUCGAAAUUGUGGUGAAAUUCGAAACUUGCUGCCUCAUUUACAGAGUUGCACUCGAGAAAAGGAGUGCAAUGUUCCACAUUGUAUUUCAUCUAAGUACAUAAUGCGGCACUAUCGUUCUUGUGGAGAUAUGGAAUGCAAAGUUUGUUCGGCAAUCAGGAAACCCAUUGGGAACUCUACACCGUCAUCAGCAUCAUCCGUUAGUUGCCCACAAAAUGGACUCACUUCAAACCACAAAUCUGACAUAUCAUCCUUAAAUGGCAUCAAAAUAUCAGACUCUCCGCUUCCACACCAAGAGACUGCUUUUACAACUGGUUCGUGUGAAUCACAACCAACAGUUGUGUUGAAUGGUGAGUUCAGUCGGGUACCUUUACAUGAAAGCCGCAUCACCGAUCAACAGCGAGAACUAGCUAUGAAAAAGUUGUAAGUUCUACUUUUUCAUAAAGUUAUUUUUUAUAGUGUGAAUGAUAUUUCUUUAUCAAUCUUUCCAACGGCAAAUCCUACUGCAUACAGUGAUCCCAGGAUGAAACAAUUUCUCGAUUAUGUGAAACGAAUGGAAAAAGACGUUUAUGUAAAAUCUAGGUCAACAGAAGAAUAUUUCAAAACAAUGGCACUUCAUUAUCACAAUAUACAUUCUGAAUUAAAGGAAAAGCGUCGUCUGAGGGAAUCCUGUCCGCCACUACAAAAUGGAGAUAUUUCUGAUGUGACACAACCUUCAGACCUGUCAAAUUCUGUUUCAUCAGAAAAUAACUCAUUGAAAGCUAAUUCUUAUGAUCAGGAUCAGUUUUCAGAUGCUUUAGAAAUCGUAUCCAAGCGUGAAGAACAAAUUCAACGGGAAAUUAAAGUUGAAGUUACGACAGAAAGCUCUUCGAAUUCCUCUGACUCUGCAGGGGUUUUAGAAGACAAGGAUAAUAAAGAAGAUUCAAAUUCACCAGAAGUUAAAUAUCGUUCUGUCACGUCCAUAGAACCUAGUGAAAGCGAAAUAAAGACAAAGAUUGAUGAAAAAACUGAUCUGGAGUCGGAUGCACCUGAGCCCACCAGUUCUGAUGAAAAAAAAGAGGACAUCCAGGCUUCUCGAGAACCUAUCAGACGAAGAAUAUGGUACUCUAAUGAACUGUUGCAGCAUUUUCUACCAGUUGUGCUAAAAAUAAGCAAAGAAAAGGAUGCAGAACCAUUUUUGACUCCAGUAGACUGGAAGUUCCUUGAAAUAUAUGAUUAUCCUCAAAUAGUUUCUGAUCCUAUGGAUCUGUCAACUAUACGGAGAAAACUAGAAGACCGAGAAUAUAAGGAUCCUUGGGAAAUAGUCGAUGACUUUUGGUUGAUGCUUAACAAUGCCUGGCUUUACAAUAAAAAGACAUCCAAGGUCUACAAGACCUGUACAAGGGUAAUUUCAUAUAUUUUUACCAUUACACAUUUUUUUAGUUGGCUGAGACAUUUGAAACUAUAAUUGACCCUGUAAUGCAGUCGCUUGGAUUUUGCUGUGGCAGGGAAUACUAUUACCAACCACCUACCUUAACCUGCUUAACGCCCAAGUUUUGUACAAUAUAUCGCGAUGCAGUUUAUUACGUCUACAAGAGCGAUGGUCAAACUCCUGGACUUUUGGAACAAAAAUACACAGUAUGCGAGAGAUGUUACAAUGAAGCUUUAGAUCAAAUAGCCCUUGACAGUGACUCCAGUAACCCAGUAAACGUUCAGAAGAGUUUGAUGGAGAAGUGCAAAAAUGAUAUCAAAGAAAAGGAGCCAUUCGUAUUUUGCAAACAUUGUGGGAGGAAGUGGCACAGAGUUUGUGCCAUAUACCUUGAAGAAAUUUGGCCAGAUGGUUUUAUUUGCAAUCACUGUAUUGUGAACUAUGGAUUGAAGCGUGUUGAAAAUCGUUUCACAGCUAAGAAAUUGACAACAUGCAAAUUAAGCAACUUUUUAGAAAAACGUGUAAAUGAUUUUUUGAAGAAAAAAGAAGCCGAUGCAGGUGAUGUUAUUAUUCGUGUUCUUGCAGCAGCAGAUAAAACUGUUGAAGUUAAAUCUGGCAUGAAGGCUCGGUUCUGUGAUAACGGAGAAAUGCCUGAGUCUUUUCCCUACAGAGUGAAAGCCAUUUUCGCAUUUCAAGAAAUCGACGGUCAGGAAGUAUGUUUUUUUGGUCUUCACGUUCAGGAAUAUGGAUCAGAAUGCCCACUUCCUAAUACCAGAAGAGUGUAUGUGGCUUAUCUAGAUUCCGUUUACUUUUUUCGUCCUAAACAAUUCCGUACAGAGAUAUAUCAUGAACUUUUGGUUGGUUACAUUCACUAUGCAAAGUUACUUGGUUUCACAACGGCUCAUAUAUGGGCUUGUCCGCCUAGCGAAGGUGAUGACUACAUUUUUCAUAUGCAUCCACCUGAUCAGAAAAUUCCUAAACCUAAAAGGUUGCAAGAAUGGUAUCAAAAAAUGCUUAAAAAAGCACUCAUUGAACGCAUUGUGGUGGAUUACAAAGAUAUCUGUCAGGAUGCUAAUGAGUCCCAUAUGAUCUCUCCAGCUGAACUUGCCUAUUUCGAAGGUGACUUUUGGCCAAAUACUUUGGAAGAAAUAUUUAAGGAAAUGGAUGAAGAAGAUGCCAAAAGAAAACAGGAACAAGAAGCAUUGGCUCGUGGUGGUGAUGACGACGAUGAGGCAAAAGAAAACGUGCAGACUAAAGAAACCGAUGAAAAUCCGGGAAAGAAGAAAGCCAAACGAAGAAAGCUCAAACGUAGUGCUUCUAUAACGAUCACAGGUAAACGAAAGCGCCUAGGUGGUAUAGGUUCAGGUGAUGUAGCAAAUGAAGUUGCACGUCGUGUCUACGAAAUAAUGGAGAAACAUAAGGAAAACUUCUUUGUCAUUCGAUUGCAUCCUCAAAAUUCAGUCGCUGCACUUCCACCAAUUAAGGAUCCAGAUCCACUUAUCAACUCAGAGCUAAUGGAAUGUCGUGGUGCUUUCUUAGAAAAAGCUCGUGAAAAGCACUUAGAAUUUUCAUCAUUACGACGUGCUAAAUAUUCCACUUUGGUGAUGUUAUAUGAAUUACAUAAUGAAAAUCGUCAACCUUUAAUGUACACUUGCAAUGUUUGUAGUGCACAACUGGAAACUCCAUGGCAUUGUAAACAAUGUAUCGAAUAUGACUUAUGUCCCCGAUGCUAUGAAACCGAAAACCAUCCUCAUCCUAUGGUGAAAAUAGGUAUUGGACUUGACGAUUGUAACAAAGGACAAGAGCAAAGUAACGAUUCAACUAUUCAGGAAUCAGGAAGAGAUAAAUUAAGUCGUUGGGUAAAAGCCUUGGGUCAUAGCUGUUAUUGUCGUGAUGCGAAUUGUCGUGUAUAUGCAUGUAAGACAAUGAAAUAUCAGGUACAACACUUUCGUGUACAUUCAACAGAUCGAAAUCAAUGUUCUGUUUGUCGAUUCAUCUAUUAUUUAUGUUGCUAUCAUUCCAAAACUUGCCAUGAAUUGAAGUGUCUUGUACCUUUAUGUCCUAAACUUAAGGCGAAAAUGAAGCAACAGCAAAAGCAACAACGCCUAAAACAAACACAAAUGUUACGCAGACGUAUGGCCACGAUGCAGCGCUGUAACAGCAUGACUCCUAAUCAUCAACCAACUCCCCCACCAUCUCAAAAUUAUCAACAAUGUUCUCAAUCUUCGACAUCUGAUUGCAUAUCUUCCCCUAUGUCUGUACCUAUGCAGUCAUCGCCAUUUGCUUCUACAGCUGUUACUACUGUUUCCUACAACCUUACCUCUCCACAUUCAAGAAGUCAAUCUUCUAUCCAAUCUCCACAGCAAAGUCCGUUUUUUCACCCUCCUUGUCCAUCAUCUUAUCAGAAUUCUCAACAAACUCCUCAUUCAUCAAAAGCAUAUGUGUCUAGUCCAUCAGUUCCCCGAUCCCCGUCAAUAUCUGUUGUGCCAGUCUCUACUUGUGUUCAAAAUCUCCCUCAGUCAACUGGGAUUCAUAAUCAGCCUGUUGUAACUUUAGAAUCGGACCAGUUGAUAAACACACAUGUAGAUAUCAGUAGGACAGGUUAUGCUUUUCAGUCUCAAUCGAAAUAUUCUUUAUCUUGUACCCAGCCUACAACAUCUUUCAGUACCCAACAACAAAUGCAGCGACAUCAUAUACAGGAACGCCCACAAACAAGUCUUAGUAAUAAUUGGCCCCCCAAUUACGUUGUUUCUCAACAUAGUAUCCAGUCGCAUGGAUCUACUUCUGGACACUCAGUCACACAUCGACCUUUGCUUACAAACAAUUCAGUUCCCAUAGAUGCAUUAUCUCCAAAACCAUUUGUUCACCAACCAGGUGUGACUCUUAUGGAUGUUGAUCCGUCGUAUCCCCAGCAAAUAAUGUCAAGUCGGUUUCAGGGAGAAACUGAACAUAAUAAUUACAUUUUCAAUAAGCAAUCCCAACAAGCGGUUACACACCACCCUUCACCGGCUUAUUCUCAAGUUAUUGAAGGGCAUAAUCCUGGAACCCUUUUACCUCCUAAUCAAACUUUAUCAGGAACUAUUUCCAACUCUAAUUGGAGGCAACCUGGAACUGCACCUUCAGGCAGUACUAUGUAUCCAUCAGGGUCAUCUGUUAGCUGUACUCAACCAAAUACAUCAAUAGUUCGAUCUGCACCUAUGCAAUCUACGUCCUCUCAAUCCAUAGUAUCAACAGCCUCGCCCAAUACUGGUGUUGUUCCGUGUAGCAUCUCUCCAGAGGAUGUGCGGAUCGUUCAACAAGCAUAUACUACAAUGCGGCAGCGAGGCGCUCCGGCGUCUGAGUUUUCAAGUUGGUUGAACUCCAGUCCACAAUAUGUGAGGGCGUGGCAGUAUAUUCAACAAUCACAUUUACACAACCAACAACAACAAUUAUCUCAAAUGUCCGGAUGUAUGCCUAGUACUUCUACUCCCCAUUGCCCUAUAGGAGCUCAGCUACAUAGUACAUAUUCUGCUUGUCAGACUCCACAAAAUUCUCAGUCAGUUGCUGGAUCGCGUUCUUUACCUCCUCAGUCAAGGUAUCCGUAUUCACAAGUUCAACAGCAGCAGAUUAUUGGAAAUCCUCAGUCGCACCAAUCACAGUCUUGGUCCUCUUUGCCCACACAACAACCUCGUUUUCGUCAAGCAGUAACUCCUCCGAAUUAUAAUCAACAAUCUAAUCAACAGUUUUCAAUUCCUUGUCAUCAACAAGUUGGUAAACCUCCAUCUACAACUAUAUCUCCAACUCAAGCAUCUAAUUCUCCUCAACGCUACAUGACUCAAACAAAUAUGCCUCAACCUAUGUCCAAUCAAAUCCCUAUUUCACCUCCUGCUUCUAACAUAUCUCGAUGUGCUAAUACUGUAAUGCCACAAAUGGCGUCACUUCCACGUUGUACGAACAGCCUCUCAAUGCCUUCCAUGGGUCUUGUAAAUUCUGCUGGUAUGAGUCCUAAUCGGGCAGUUCAACCCUCUCCUCAUUAUUCGUCUGUAAUGCUAUCACAGUUAUUAGGGCCUGGCCAAACAGCUAAUCUUGUUAACACCCCAUCUUCUGGUUCAGAGUAUCCUAAUAUGCCAAGUAAACAGCAUCUUGUUCGACAGGAAUUCAUUCCUUCAACAGUUUUCCAGCAGAAAUUAAAUUAGGGCUAAAUAUUGUUGUCCAUUUAUCUAUAUUUCAGCUGACUUUUCUUGAAAUACUUGUGUUAAGUUUAAACUUUUCUUAUUCAGAUGUAUGUAUAUAUAAUAUGAAUUUGAUUAAUGAAUUAUCUGUGAGUUCUCACUACUACUUGUUAUUUUUCUUUAUUACAAAAAUGUGUAAAUAGUACUUUUGACCUCCCAGAAUGCUUUUUUAAAAUUCAUUCUGUAUUAAUUUCGCUGUCUACUUCUCACUUCAAUUUUCCCCAGUGGUGAGAUCAUGUGAUUUUUUGCCAUUUUCUGUAUAUUUGUACAGGCCAUUGUAUAUCUGUACAUGGCUAUCCCAGUUUUUGUUGAGCUAGAUUAUACACACAUUCACAUUGUCAAACCUUAUAUUAAUGUAUUACUACUGAUGUAAUUUUGUUUUCUUUAAUAAGAAAUUUCUUUUUAAAUAUGAAUUCACUCAAAUGUAAUUAUUUCUAG